AUGGCCCUGCCUUCAGACAGUGGACCGGAUGCGAGGUUCUGGGUAAGUGAGGAGUUGAUUUGAAUGCAAAAACUUGUCUCAUAACAGAAUUGUGGGGGGAUUAGCAUUGAUUGACAUGUUAUACGGAAAAAAGAUAAAUUAUAUGGUAAUGGAUAAAAUAAACGGGAAAAAAGAUGUUAGAACUGAUAUACAUCUGGUAUAAAGUUUUUUCAAUGAACAUUGGACAGUUUGCAAUAAAUUGGAGCGGCUUCAUGGAAAUUGGACAGGGUGAAAUCGGACAGAAAUAAAUUGGACAGAGCGUGGAAAUUGGACAGAUUUUUUCACUGCAAAGGUAGUUCAUUUCGUACGAUCGGAGUGAAAAAAUCUCCCAAUUUCCACGCUCCGUCCAAUUUAUUUCUGUACAACUUCACUCUGUCCAAUUUCCACAAAGCCGGAGCUAUGGCCAAUUUUGUGCCAGGCUCGGGCGCAGCUUGCCAAAGAAAAAAUCCUUGGAAACGAAAAAGUUGAACCCCCGAACCUUGAUGAUAAUGUUCGAAAAUUGUGGCGAAUUCUUAUCAAUCCUGUCUAGAAAACCCCGCCUUAUCUCCGUCUGAUCUUCGUUUUUAACCUUCCGCUAACGUAAUUAGCAGAUUUUAGUCAAAAAAAGGGGCUUUAGAGAGAGAGCAGGAAUUGAUAAUUUUGGCCAGUCCAAAUCGACUUGUUUAUACAGCCGUCUCUCCGAACAUUGUACUUUUUGUGUGGAGCGCUUUUUCAAUCCAAUUACGAGUUCAUCUUGUGAUUUUUGGAGUUUUGAACGCGUUUCGGGAGAUUUUUAGGUAUCUAGUGGGGAAGCUAAAAGGUUUAGAUGUUGAAAUUUUAAUUUUACUGCUUUCAAUCGUCUAUUUUCUAAUGAAUUUGUUGCUUUUUACAAAGAAAUUCUGUUUACUAUGUUGAUCAAGAUAAAAUUAGCGGCCAGAUGAAUCAUUUAUAUUUUUUGAGCUAAAGUAUCAAAAGAAGGGUAGGAAAUGCCCCAAUGCAGCUUAUGAUAUCUAUUUAUGGUCUUUAGAUCCCGUUGUUACUUUAAUUUUGCCUCACCGGCACCAAGUGUAAUAUCGUGUUGUUUUAGAUGCAAAAUUCGACCGAUGAACCGGAUCGAGAGGCCAAUGUGGUCGUCGCAGCGGGCGUUCAGCCUCAGCACAACGAAGGAAGUCAUCUGUUCGCGGAACGCCAAGCUACAGCCCAAACUAUCACAUCCGAACAGGCCUUCAUGCACAUGGUCAAAGCGAUGCUUGGAACUGGACUGCUGAGUCUUCCGUUGGCUUUCAAACAUGCUGGACUCUAUGUAUGUGGGUUUGAGAGUAUUUUGAAUGAAUUCUGCUUUUCUCUGACUUAUUUGGACGUUAUUUUCAGCUGGGAAUGAUCUUAUUGGUAUUGAUUUGCUUCGUCUGCCUUUACUGCAUGCGACAGAUCGUAUUUGCUGCCCAUUUUGUCUGUUCGAGGUAAGUAUUUGAAUUCUUCUUCUGUUUUUAGGCUUCUUCAAGGAAAACUAAUGCUAAAUUCAACAGAAAGAUAAUUUUUUGGGUCGUCAGACACCUAAAAUAUUUUUUGUUCCAGAAACGGCCGAGAUGCAAUUGAUUAUGGAAAUAUCAUGAGAGGUGCGGUCGAAGCAGGUCCGUCGUGGAUCAGACAUCGCGGAUAUUUCUUCAAACAACUCGUCAACUGCAACGUUUUCAUCGCUCAACUCGGAUUUUGCUGUGUGUAUUUCGUCUUCAUGGCGGACAAUUUGGAGGAUUUCUUCCGGAAGAAUGUUGGUAUCGUCCUUCCAAAGUCGGUCUGGAUGGUUUUCAUCUGCAUUCCGGUUCUCGGCUUCUGUUCCAUUCGAAAACUCUCGAAAUUGGCGCCAUUCGCGACCGCAGCCAAUGUGAUUUACUUGGGCGCAGUGGCGAUUGUGGUGUACUUCUUCUUCAGCAACCUCAAAUCGACGGAUGAGUUGACGAAAUGGGGAGAAUUGCGGGAUUUGCCACUGUUCUUCGGCACUGUGAUGUUCGCUUUCGAAGGUGUUUCGGUUGUAAGUUGCGGUUUGAAAUUUUUGAUUCCGCCUUUAGAUCAUGAUCAUCGAGAAUCGAAUGCAAUCCCCGCAGAAUUUCAUUCAAUGGAAUGGAGUGCUGAACACGUCUUGCAUGGUGGUGCUGGCCAUCUUUUCGGUGAUCGGAUUCUACGGCUAUCUGGCGGUGGGCAAUGAAGUGGCUGACACUGUGACCCUCAACUUGCCCGAUGAGCCGUUCUAUCAGAUCCUGAAGAUUAUGUUCGUCCUCUGUGUGUUGGUUUCCUACCCCAUCCAGUUCUUCGUCCCUUUGGAGAGAGUGGAGAAAUGGAUCAGCCGGAAAUGCCCUCCGGAAAAACACACCCAAUAUAUGUACUCGGCCAGGUUUGGAAUCGUGAUUUUGACCUUGGCCAUUGCCGAAAUGGUCCCUCAUUUGGCACUUUUCAUCGCACUCAUGGGCGCUGUCGCCUGCUCCGCCUUGGCCCUCCUCUUCCCACCGAUGAUCGAUCUGCUUGUCGCGUCGGCCAAAAAUGAGCUCACUGUUGGAUGCUAUGCCAAGAAUUUUGCUCUGUUGGGAUUUGCGGUCUUAGGAUUUACUACUGGAACGUACUCGGCGAUCUCGGAUAUUUUGAAAACUUUUGAACCGCAAGAGAUUUGA